AGUUGACUUCAUAGUUCUUUGGUUUUUAUUUUGUGGAAAAAUAGCCACCCACAAGCAUCCAUAAUUGGCUUCAUAAUAAAGAAUCUCAAUGACUCCAUAAUUCCACAAUAACAACUACAAAAACAUCUUCUUUCACAUGACUAUGAUUAGGAAAAAGUUACAAAUUACAAACCUCAUCAAACCAAACUAAUAUUAUAGUAUUCCUCGAAAAACAUAAUCAUCUAAACAAUUUUGUUACACAUUUAUGGCUUUCUUUAGUCAUAACAUAAAUCACUUGUUCAUCACUUUCCUCAUAUUUUGCACCUUUUGUUCAUGUUAUAGUUCCAUCAAUGACACCAUUACUUUAUCCAAAUCACUCAAAGACCAAGAGACAAUAACCUCAAACAGCACAAACUUCAAGCUGGGAUUUUUCAGCCCAUUAAACUCAACAAACCGUUACCUAGGAAUUUGGUACAUCAAUGAAACAAACAACAUAUGGAUUGCAAACAGAGACCAACCCAUCAAAGAUUCAAAUGGAAUUGUCUCAAUUCACAAAGAUGGUAAUCUUGUUAUCUUAAACAAACAAAAGGGUGACAUCAUUUGGUCAACAAAAAUUUCAACUUCAACAAAUUCAACAGCUCAACUUGAAGAUACUGGAAACUUGGUCCUAAGAGACAUCAAUUCAGGAGAAACAAUUUGGGAUAGUUUCUCACAUCCUGCAGAUGCAGCUGUUCCAACUAUGAGAAUUGGUGCUAACAAAAUAACAGGUAAGAAAAUAACUUUUGUAUCAAGAAAGAGUGAAAAUGAUCUUUCUUCAGGAGAUUAUUCAGCUAGUCUUGAAAGAUUGGAUGCACCAGAAGUUUUUAUUUGGCAUGAUAAAAAUAUUCAUUGGAGAACUGGUCCAUGGAAUGGAAGAGUUUUUCUUGGAUCGCCGAGAAUGUUAACCGAGUAUUUAUUCGGUUGGCGUUUAGAUCAUGACGGUGAUGGAACUGAUUAUAUAACUUACAAUUUUGCUGACAAAAGUAAGUUCGGAAUUCUCUCAUUGACACCACAUGGAACACUUAAGUUGGUUGAGUAUAUUGAUAAAAAGGAAAUUUUGAGGCUUGAGGUUGAUCAAAAUGAGUGUGAUUUUUAGGGUUGAUCAAUGCUUUAUGCGUCUGAAAAUGAUAAUUUAAUUUCUAAGCCAAACAAUAUUUUUGAAAAUAUUGAUAUUUUUGG